AUGUCUGCAUCUUCUAGAAAAACACAAAGUAGCGAGUAUGCCAAGACUAAUUCCCUACCGCCAAUUUCGCCACGGCUGUGCAGUUGCGAUGCUCAUGGCGGAUAUUUUGUCGAUCGACGUGUGCAAGAUAUCGAAAAAUUUAUCCAUGAAGAAACGAAAGCAUUGGGAGAGGGAUUCCAUAAUUCUCGAAAGGAACGAUUCGGCGUAUUUAAGAAAGCAUUUGACAUGUUGAUUGAUGAAAGUACAAGUUUCAAGCCUCUUUUGGCAGACAUCAAUGCGGAGUACCUUGGUGUGAUAAAAGCUGUCGAGAAAGGAGAACAGCAGAGAGCUUAUAUUUCAAGGGAUUUCAAGUGCGUUGUUGGAGUGAAAAUCACGAAAGAAAAUUAUGAAAAGAGGAUACAAGACCUCGAAUACAAAGCAAAACUUAUUAAGGCCAACAAUGAUCAACUGAGAACGAAAUAUGAACAGUUAGAAGAGGAAAGGAUAGAUAUUAUUUGUCCUGAUGUGGGCAAAUUAACUACAACCAAUACCAGUCAUAAUUUGAUCGAACGGUCUCGUCUUGUUUUACCUGGUUUAAAAAUGGAGGAACAAACUGAUGUUGAUGUCCUAUCAUCCGCCCUUGCAAAACUCCAAGCGGAGGUUGAUACAAUGCAAAAAAGUACGAAAACCAAAUUUUUCCCUAAAGAGAGGAAAAUGUUGCUAGAGCAAGAUCUGCAGGAAAAGGAAAGAUCACAUAAUCAUGUUAGCAGAUAUAAUAAAGCAUUAAGGGAAAAAGUUGGACGAUUGACUAUUGCUGUUGAGGUAUAG